AUGCCCCCUGUGCAGUUCUCCCUGGAUGAUAGCGGCGCCACACUUGACAUGGGGCAGACAAAAGUCAUGACUGUCAUCACACCCACACUCACAGCGCCUUACGAAGACAGGCCAAAUGAGGGUGCUGUGCGCUUCAAUGUGGAGUACUCCCCUAUGGCUUCGCCAUCGUUCCAGGCAGGGAGGCCUGGUGAGGCAGCUAUAGAGGUCACGCGGCUUCUCGAGCGAGCCUUCAGGGACAGCAGGGCCAUCGACCAGGAGGCGCUGUGCGUGCUGGCAGGCCACAGGGUCUGGUCGUUGAGCAUAGACGUGCAUGUGCUGGAUAACGGGGGAAACCUGGCGGACGCGUGCAUGCUGUGCACGCUCGCUGCACUCAUGGCCUUCCGGCGGCCGGACACAGAGGUGGCGGCCGGAGGUGCCGAGUCGGGGCGCGCGCGUGUCACAGUGCUGUCCCCCAGCGCGCGGGAGCCGGUGCCCCUCAGUCUGCACCAUCUGCCUCUCGGCAUUUCCUUCGCGUUCUUUGAGGAUGGGGAGCUCCUGGUGGUGGACCCGGACAGCACAGAGGAGGCUGCAGCGGCAGGGCUGAUGACCGUGGUUGUCAACACUCACAGUGACGUCUGCACAGUCAGGAAGACAUCCGGCAUUGGCAUCUCCAUGACACAGGUGCACAGAGUGGUGCGUCUGGCAAACAGCAGGGCAGGGCAGGUGAUGGAUGGGCUCAAGGCGGCGCUGCAGAGGCAUGACACAUCGCGCGUGGCCGCCCGUGUCCGACGACACACCCGGGCUGCUCAGGAGCCCGGCGCCCCCGGCCGCUCUGUCACCGUCCUCGCCAGCGGUGCCAUCACUGGUGACUCCUUGUGCAUCGAUUGGGGAAGGGGCAAAUAA